AGCACCAUGAAGUCUCUAAAGAAGGAAUCUCGCAUCAGAAUAACAACAAACAGAUUAUUGGAGGCCUCAGAGAACUUGAAAGAGAAGAAGCGAGCAAAGCUACCUGAGCAACCCACACCCCCUAUUCAGGAAGAACCAGAACCUAUUAGCAAUGUCCUACAAGGAGAUGACAUCCUCGCCUUAGCCAUUAAGAAGGAAGACUUGAAGAAGCAACACAUUCCUCGCCUGGAAAUAGAAGAUAAACCUGCCAUUACCCAGAAAUUUAUCAUCCGUAGAUUCAAACCAAAGGAUCCUACAAGGAAGGUCUGCCACUUAGUAGCACAUCCUGCCACUCCAGAUGCAGUCACUAAGCCCCUGGACUACUCUGGCCUGGGUGACAGCUUCUAUGACGGUGAUCACAUCCAGCCCCAUCAUAUCUUGGGGAGUCUUCAGGACUUUAAAAGAAUUGCACUUGCUCAAGGGAACACUCAGCUGGCUGAAAUGAUACAUACCCCACCCUGUCUGAUGACCCUCAUCUCAGUGAAAGAAGAGCCAAAGCAGGAAAAAAGUGCCAAAGCAGAGAAGGCACAUCUCUGGGCCCCAUCUCCUCAGCACAACUUUCUGAAAAACUGGCGGCGCAACAUGGCCCUGCGGAAGAAGCAGCAAGAAGCACUCAGCGAAUACCUGAAGAAACCAGUCAGUGAGCUGCUGAUGCACAGCGGCGAUACCUACAGACGGAUCCGAGAGGAGAGGGAGCUCAUCGACCGUGUCCUUCCCACACAGCAUGAUGGGAAGGUAGGGGAGAGCAGUGGGUUCUGGAAUCAAAUGGAAUAUGUGGGAGAUGAAAUGACAGGCCUGGCCAUGACGAAGACAAAAAUUCAGCGUGGCCUUGCGGAGCCAAUCACUCACGUCAGGAAGCCCCACAGCAUCCAGGAAGAGAUGGGAUUAUCAGCCCAGCAGGAUGCUUGGUAUCGUUACACCUGGGAUCGAAGUUUGUUUUUGAUUUACCGACGUAAGGAACUACAGAGCAUCCUGGCCGAGCUGGAUUUUACCCCGCAGGAUAUUGAUGGCCUGGAGGUGGUAGGCAGAGGGCAGCCUUUCUCAGCUGUUACAGUGGAAGACUAUACACUGCUUAAAAGUACCCAGGAAAGCUCCUCUGAAGACACAGUGAGCUUAGACUUAAUGGCCAGUUACCCUGAUGUGGUCCCCAUACCUAUUCUUGGCCCUUCCCUGCUGUUCUGUGGGAAGCCAGCUUGCUGGAUCAGAGGCAGUAACCCACAGGACAAGAGUCAGGUUGGAAUUGCUGCCCACUUGACCUUUGAAACCUUAGAAGGGGAGAAAACGUCUUCAGAACUGACUGUGGUCAAUAAUGGCACAGUGGCCAUUUGGUACGACUGGCGGCGGCAGUCCCAGCUGCAAUCUUUCCAAGACCUGAAGAGAAACCGAAUGCAGCGGUUUUACUUUAACAACCGGGCAGGAGUGAUUCUGCCUGGAGAAACGAAAAAAUUCACCUUCUUCUUCAAGUCUCUGUAUCCUGGGAUCUUCAGGGAAUCUUGGGAGUUUGGAACUCAUCCCACCCUCUUAGGAGGUGCCCUCCUGCAGGUCAAUCUCCAUGCAGUCUCCCUGACCCAGGACAUUUUUAAGGAUGAGAGGCAGUUACUGGAGAGUAAGCUGACUGCCCAUGAAGCUGUUACCGUUGUGAAUAGUGUGCUGCAAGAGCUGCUGAGGGGCAUCGUGACCCCGGAGCGUGUGCCAUCCCCUGUGGAUGCCUAUCUCACUGAGGAGGACUUGUUCCACUAUCAGAAUCCUCGGCUGCACUACCAGCACCAAGUGGUACAAAACCUGCACGGACUGUGGCACCAGUAUGUGACCGUGUCCCCGAAGGCCGAGGAGGCCAGGCCAGGCGAGGAGGAGCAGCUAAGCACCAGGGGCCGGGCCACCCCAGCCCAGUCACCCUAUUUGGAGAAAGCCUUCAUGAACUCUGAUCUCUUGACACACUUGAAGGGCCCAGUCCUGGAAGCCCAAGUCUCCCGGCCUGAGAAUGAGGCCCACAGGGACCCUCAAGAUUCCUUCUCGUCCCAGAAGUUCAGAGGGCUGGCCAGGUCUUAUCAUUGGAAGAGCCUUAUGGAGGAGAUCCUGGUGGAGGAGAGCCCUGACCUGGAGAACAUCAAGAGCCCCUUGGAGCCGGAGAGCCUUCCCCAGCCCCAGUGGAACCUCUGCUUGGAAGACUUCAAAAAGGCAGUGCUGUCACUCCCUGAGGAGAACCAGCGAGAAGAUGCCCUAAUGAGACUCAACAAAGCAGCCCUGGAACUGUGCCAGGAGCAGAGGCCAUUGCAGUCUGACUUACUAUACCAGACCUGUUUACAGCUGUGGCGGGAUGUGAUCGACAGUCUGGUGAGCUAUUCCCUGUGGCUGAGGGCUCUGCUGGGCCUACCUGAGAAGGAGACCAUUUAUCUGGAUGUGCCAGAUGAGCAAGAUAGGAAAUCGCCUCCCAUCACGGAAGCAAAGGGGACUGCUGGAAGAGUGGGAAAGGAGGACCGAAGAGGGGCAUCCCAGGAAAAGAAGCAACUAGGAAUCAAAGACAAAGAAGACAAAAAAGGAGCCAAGUUGCCAGUGAAAGAGGAUCGUGUAAACAGCAAGAAGCAUAAAGCAAAGGAUGACAAGAAAUUAAUGAAAUCUGCAAGUCGGGAAAGGUUUUCCUUGGACGAUGCUGCCCCUGACAGUACCACCCCUUCCCAAGAACCAAUAGACCCUCUGGUCAUGGAGAAAUAUAUUCACAGGCUGCACACUGAGGUCUAUGGGCUGCUGGACGUCCUGGUGACUGACAUGAUGAUCCUGGCUGAUGAGCUCAGCCCCAUGAAGAAUGGCGAAUAG